AUGGCCAUGGAAGAUGGAACUAUUAAUAUUGAAGAUAUGGAAGAUGGAACUAUUAAUAUUGAAGAAACAGAUAGCGAAUCAGAUUCUGAGGUAAAUGAAGUACAAUGGAAACCAUGUCUUGAAAUGGAGUUUGAUUCUGUAGAUGCGGCGUAUUAUUUUUACAACAAUUAUGGUGGCAGAGCCGGUUUUAGUAUUCGGAAGGAGUAUGCAAAUAAAAGUCGGAAGAAUGGAAAAAUAACAUGUAGGUUGUUUGUUUGUAACAAGGAGGGUUUAAGAGGUAAGGACAAGAGAGACGAAAAAAUAAAGAAACUAAGGGUUGAAACACACACAAACUGUGGUGCACACAUGUUAGUAAGGUAUGAUGUGGGUUUGCAAAAGUUCGUUGUAAAGCAGUUUGAAGAAAGUCACAACCAUCCCCUCAUCAUGCAGCAGUGCACCCACAUGAUGCCAUCACAGCUAAAAAUCAGCUCAGUGCAAGGUAGAGAAGCAAUUGGCUACACCAAGGUUGAUGUGCAAAAUUAUAUUAGGACAAGAAGGCAGAAUGAGCUAGAGUGUGGAGUGGCGGGUUGGCUCAUGAAUUAUUUCCAAACUCAGUCAUGGGAAGAUCCAUCAUUUUUUCAUGUUGUCCAACUGGACAAAGAUACAAUGAUAACUAAUAUUUUUUGGGCGGAUUCGAAAAUGAUAUCAGAUUAUGGCCAUUUUGGAGAUGUGGUUACAUUUGAUACAACGUACAAACUUAUUCAAGGUAACAGGCCUUUGGGUGUUUUUCUUGGUUUGAACCAUCAUCGGCAGACAUGUGUGCUUGGUGCCACUUUCAUGUAUGAUGAGAUGGCGGAUUCGUUUGCUUGGUUGUUUAACACAUUCUUGAAUGGAAUGUCCUGUAAAGUGCCCAGGACAGUAUUGACUGACAAAGACGUAGCAAUGGCAAAGGCAUUAGCAGAAGUAAUGCCCGACACAAAUCACCAUCUGUGUACGUGGCACCUUAUGCUUAAUGCACAAAAGCAUAUCGGCAACAUGUCUGUUGGUGGGAAAGAUUUCUUCAAGCAUUUCGACACGUUGUUGUACGACAAGAGGUACAAGGUGUAUGAAGCUGAAUAUGAUUUGGUCCAGAAGAUGCCUAGGAUGAAAGCAAGAUUUCCCAUAUUAGAUCACGCCGGACAUGUAUACACUGCUAACAUAUUUGAUCUUUUUCAGGAACAAUUAUUAAUAGCUUGUAUGAGUCAGUAUAUUCUGAACUGCAAUGACAAUGGUAACGGGGAAUAUAUGUAUGAAGUUGCGCUGUAUAAUCAGAAGGUGAUACGACAAGUGAUACGGACACGUAACAACCAUUUGUCUUGUUUUUAUGGAAAGUUUAAAAUGGAGGGUGUCAUGUGCAGCUAUACUCUGCAAGUCCUCAGAGAUAAGAUGUGUGCGAGCAAAAUACCGAGUCGAUAUGUUUUGAAAAGGUGGACAAGAAAUGCGAAGGACGGCAGGUUGGAAGAAUUAAUUGGCACAGAUAUGCUGACAGAUCCUAGACUUGAGAUGAGAUGA